UCACAGAAUGUUCUAACUGGUGCUUGGUUAGCUCUAAUGUCCAAAAAAUGGCGUAAAGUAGUUAAGUGGCGGUUCUAGUUAUUAACUAUGUGACUUAUAAACAUUAGUUAUGCGCUUUCUUAUUAACUUAUAAAACUAGAAAUUAAUAAGGAUCAUAACUAAGAAUGGCCGGCCCGCAGCAUUCAUUUCCAUCGGGUUUUCCAAAUGCUCAGCAAGGAACAAUGAGAAAUCAGUUUGGAGGUGCACCGCAGAUUGGAGGCCUAAUGUCAUCAGCACAGCAGACAGGCCUUGUGAAUCAGCAGCCGUAUGGAGUAGGAAUACAACCAAAUCCACAACAAGUGUUAGCUCAGCAACAGCAGCAACAACAACAGAAUCAACAGUUGCAAAUUCAGCAACAGCAACAAAUUCAACUACAGCAACAACAAAUGCAGCAAUUGCAGCAACAGCAGCAACAACAUCAGCAAGCAGCAAAUCAGAAUAAUGCACAGCAGCAACAACAAGGAAACCAGCAGCAACAGAACCCAUCACAACAGCAGCCAGCAAAUAAGGAGUUCAACACAGCCUCUCUGUGCCGGUUUGGACAGGAAACAGUGCAGGAUAUUGUGUCAAGAACUCAGGAAGUCUUCCAGGCAUUAAAAGCAAUUCAGCCACCCAACGGUACAGCUCAGGGUGCAAACACAAGCAAUGAGAAGAAAGCCAAAGUUCAGGAACAGCUGAAAACAAUUAAACUUCUGUUCAAACGGUUGAGAUUAAUUUAUGAGAAAUGUAAUGAGAACUGCCAAGGAAUGGAGUACACUCAUAUAGAGAGUUUAAUACCAUUAAAAGAAGAGUGGGAUAUGAAAUCUGAUGAGAAAAAGACUUCAGAAUCUUACAGACUUGUUUGUGACGAGAACAAAGAGAUCAUGGAGGUCCCUCGUCACCUCAGCGUGGUACUUCUAUGGAUUGAUGAUGGAGGAAAUACCAGCCAAAACUUUCCCAUCUUUCAAGGGACUCAAGGUUUCAUUACUCUUUUCACAAGAGCCAGCCAGCAAGUUAUAUUGAAGAACAGACAUUUGAAGGAAGUAAUUGACCAUUUAAGAAGAAUAAUAUGGGAAAUUAAUACAAUGUUGACAAUGAGAAGAUCAUGAUCUGUGUUCCUCAUUUAUUUGAAAGUAAUGAGAGGACUAUAUUCUCAGCUCAUGUGAUCUGGACAAUGAAUUGCAGUUGUGCUAAUACAAAAUAUGACUGAAAACAUUUGUUCCUUCUUAUACUGGAGUCCAUUGCCUUAUAUGUAUAUGAAACAAAAUAUGAAGUAAAACAGACAAAAGGGAACUGUUGAGAUCUUAA